GAAAAGUUGUUCAUCCCCCAUUUAUACGUUAUAUAGUAACUAGCAGAAAUGCCACUCCUCGGUGACCAUCGGCGACCUGCAAGCCGGCUGGCGCGAUCCGUCGACCCCGGCGGCGUACGAAGCGGUAAACUGGAAAAACUGGUCGCUCGGACAAAGAGCCGCUUCGAUGUUAUCGGUAUCCCCCGACGCCAGCAGUGAGAGCGCCGCAGCAAUGCUUCCGUCCACGGCUCGUUUUGGAUUCUUUCCGCCACUGCUCGGAUAACAACGAGGAGACAUGGUCGACGAGGGGUGCGCGGUGGCGGGCUGAGCCGGCGGCGGCCUCCCCCCGGGCGGGCGCAGUGAGGUCGACCCAGCACCCCGGCGACGCGCCAACCGGUCAUUCCAGUCGUCGCGGAGGAGGCCAGCCGAGGAGUGUGAUGUGCCGCCGCCGGGUGACUAUGCGGCCGACGCGAUGAGGAGGCGGCCCGUGCUGGCCCCCCCGCUGCUACUGCUGCUCGGGUGGCUGGGCGCCGUGCGGCCCGGUGUCGCGGCUCGCUACGUCGCCCCCGAGGACUGCCGCUGGGAGCCGCUGGACGCCGCCGGAGUUGCGCUCACCUGCGCCGUGCGCUCCCUCAGCGGCGGGCCCGAGCCGACAAACUUCAGCCUGAUCCAGCCGGGACACACGGCGCGGCUCACGGUGCGAUGCGACGACCUGCUCGUGCCGAGCGAGCUGAGCAACGGCUCGUUCGGCCACCUGAGCGGACUGCGCUCGCUGGCCAUCGAGCGCUGCAAGAUGGACAGCCUGCCUGCGCUCGCCUUCUCCGGCCUCGCCGAGCUGCACAACCUGAGCCUGCGCACGCACAACGACGAGUGGGGGACGAGGACGCUGCGCCUCGCGCCCGACAGCCUGACGCCCCUGCGGCAGCUCGUCGCGCUAGACCUGAGCCGCAACAACAUGGACUACUUGCCGCCAUCGAUCCUCUGUCCGCUCGUCCAACUCGCGCUGCUCAACCUGACGCGCAACCGUUUCGCGGACGCCAGCCAGAUGGGGUUCGCCGAGUGUUCUCCGCCCUUGCAUAGGCUGGACGCGGCGCACAACGAGCUGCGCCUGCUGCCCGAAAAGGCGUUCUCCCCGCUGCGCCAAUUGCGCCACCUCAGGCUCGACCAUAACCUGAUCGCGCGCGCCGAGCAGGGGGCCCUGUCAGGCUUGGCGCGGCUGCAGAGCCUCGACCUGGCGCACAACGCGAUGGUCAGCCUGCCGCCGCGUUUCCUGCAGCCGGCCGAGGCUUCGCUCUCCGAGCUCUACCUGCGAAACAACUCGCUAAGCGCUCUGCCGCCGACCCUGUUCGCGGGCCUGCACCAACUGACCAUGCUCGACCUGGCGCACAACCAGCUCACCUCCGCCUGGCUCGCGCAGCCCCGAACCCUGGCCGACCUGACGCGCCUCGCGGCGCUCGACCUGUCGCACAAUCGCCUCACCCGGCUGGACGGGGCCUCGUUCCGCUCUCUGCACAACCUGCAGACGCUCGACCUGCAGCACAACCUGAUCGAGUCCGUGGCUGACUCGGCUUUCGGCUCGCUCUACAAUUUGCACACGCUCGUCCUCAGCCACAACCGGCUCACGCGCGUGGGAGGCCACACCUUCUCCGGGCUGUCGGCGCUCGGCGGGCUGUAUGUGGACCACAACCGGCUCGAGUCCCUGGCGGCGGACGCCUUCCACAACGCAUCCAACCUGCAGGAGAUUAUCCUGGCCGGAAACCGGCUGCCGGCCGUGCCCCCCGUGGUGCAAACACUGCAGUCGCUUCGCUCGCUGGACGUGGCCGACAACGUCAUCACAGACAUCCACAAUGCCUCGUACCAGGGGCUGCGCCAGCUGUAUGGCCUGAACCUGAUGGGCAACCACAUCGGCAACCUGAGCCAAGGCGUCUUCCGCGAGCUGCCGUCUCUGCGCAUCCUCAACCUGGCUCGCAACGGAAUCCAGUCCAUUGAACAAGGCACAUUCGACGACAUUCCGGACCUGCAUGCGCUGCGCUUGGAUUCAAACUUCUUGGAUGACGUGAAUGGCCUUUUUAGUAACCUGCACGACCUCAUCAUGCUCAACAUAUCGGCCAACCGCGUCCGAUGGUUCGACUACGCGCUCAUUCCCAUCGGCCUGCAGUGGCUCGACAUCCACGAUAAUCAGGUGGAGGCGUUGGGGAACUACUUUGAGCUGGAGUCUAUUCUGAAGCUGAGGACGCUGGACGUGUCGCACAACCGGCUCACCGAGCUUGACUCGUCCUCGCUGCCAAACGGCAUCGAGAUCGUCUUCCUGAAAGGAAACCAGCUGCGUCGCAUCCAGCCCUUCACAUUCCUCGGAAAGCAGAACUUGACGCGCGUCGACCUGACUGACAACCGAUUGGACACGCUUGACAUGACCAUGUUUCGGCUGAGCGAGGUGCCAUCCGGGCGGCCCCUGCCACAGUUCAUGGUGGCCGACAACCCGUACCUGUGUGACUGCCGCAUGGAGUGGCUGCAGCGGCUAGGCAGCAGCCUCCUGGAUGACUCGAGGCAGUACCCGCGUGUGGUCGACCUGGCUGACGUGGUGUGCCGGCUCAGCUUCGGACGCCGCCGCGCCCUGCCGCUAGUGCAGGCGCACUCAUCAGAGUUUCUAUGCCGCUACCGCAACCACUGCUUCGCGCUCUGCCACUGCUGCGACUUCGACGCAUGCGACUGUGAGAUGGUAUGCCCAGACAACUGCACCUGCUACUACGACCAGAGCUGGAACACGAACAUCGUGGACUGCAGCGGCGGCCGAGCAAACGGUGCCGUCCCGAAGCAGCUGCCGAUGGACGUGACCGAGCUGUACCUGGACGGUAAUGACAUACCCGCGUUGUCCAGCCAUACCUACAUCGGCCGCAAGAACAUGAAGGUGCUCCACCUGAACGCCAGUAACGUGCACACCAUCCACAACCGGACGUUCAGCGGCCUGCGCACGCUCAGAGUGCUGCGGCUUGACCGCAACCGACUGGCCGCACUGCAUGGAUUCGAGUUUGAUGGGCUUGGAGAGCUAAGGGAGCUCUACCUCUCGUACAACCAGCUCACGAGCGUCAACAAUGCCACGUUCGUGCCACUAAGGUCUCUGCGGGUGCUGCACCUGGACCACAACUACAUUGUCCACAUGGCCCUGCCAGCGCAGCUGGCCGAACUGAGCGACAUGCGGCUGGCCGACAACCCGUGGACGUGCGAGUGCCACUUUGCGCAUGAGCUGGCGGACUUCGUCGCCGCGGCCGGCGGGGAUCAUCGGGUGCGUGACCUGUUUAGUGUUCACUGCAUGCACAACGAAACGACGGUGGUGCCCCUCCUGUGGAACAACGCCACCCUGUGCACCAACGCGUCAUCUUCCAACGAGGUGAGCGGCCACGAGCGCCAGCCACUGCUGCUGCCUGCGCUGGUGGUGGCGGGCGUGCUGCUGCUCGUGCUGGUGUGCACAGUGAGUCUGGCCAUGGCGUACCGUCGCCCUGUCAGCGUGUGGCUGUACACCCGGUGUGGAGUGCGCGUGUGCCUGCGCGCCGAGGCUGAGGAGGAAAAGCUGUUCGAUGCAUUUGUCUCUUACAGCAAGAAGGACGAGUCGUUUGUCGCGCAGAUUCUGGCGCCCGAGUUGGAGUGCGGCAUCCCGGCAUACCGACUGUGCCUUCACUAUCGUGACCUGCCCAUGGCCGGCGGGUACCUGACGGAUGCCAUCAGCGAGGCCGUGGAGAGCAGCCGGCGGACUAUUGUGAUCCUCUCGGAGCACUUCCUGAAGAGCGAGUGGUGCCGCUACGAGUUCAAGUCCACCCACCACCACGGGGUGCGGCGAAGAAACCUUGUCGUCAUCUUCCUUGGUCGGGUCUCCUUCAAGGAGCUGGACCCGGACAUCAGGCUUUGGCUCAAGUCUAGCACCUUCCUGCGCUGGGGCGAGAAGAGGUUCUGGGACAAGUUGCGCUACGCCAUGCCGGACACGCGGCAUCGCAAGGUAGCCGCGCGCAGCGAUGUCGCCAGCGUGCACAUUUGACGCCGCCGCUGUGUGUGUGAGUGUGUGUACUACAGCAAAGUGUGUGCGUGUGCCUCAUGGAUUACCCCGAUGGCCCCCUUCAUCUAAGUCAAGUCGCAGGUAAAAAAAAGCAUCUUCAACGAACUUUUCGUUUUGUACUCACUGGUGGUGACAAAUUGGGUAGGGGUGGUCAUGUACAUACACGUGUAAUAUAGCAUCCGCUUAGUGUUUGCUUUGAAAGACUACGAUGAGCAGAACUGGACUGUGAUGUACAUUCCUAUGCACACAUUGUGGAAUACUGCCUAGCUCGAACUCUGAGCAAAAUGGUGCGAUUUGAAUGUCGCCUUGUGUCGCCAUUAUUUAUUUAUACAUACUUAUUUAAGUGCCCUCAUCACAUUACUACUCAUGUAAUCUAGGCGAAAACUUCCUUUAUCUUGGACGUUCAUAUGAUAAGGAUUCUCAAGUUUGUUUAUAACAGAGACACCCUGUGAAAUUUUCAGCUAAUAACAAGAUCAUCCUUCACUUCCACUGCAGCUCACACCUCAAAAGGAAAAAUUCAUUGCAAAAGCCUGUAGAUAAAUAGAUAGUUCCGAGUGUGUGUAUUUGCACAGGUGCAUAUAAACUAAAUCCAGCUACCUCUUGAAAAAGUAUUCCCAUGAAUUUUAAUCACCACUGAACUUGCAUCACCUGAAACAAGAGCCCUUAUUCUCGGAUUCAACCUCACUUGCCGUGUGCAACGGCAUAAAAGCCGCACACAAUUCCAGCACACAACUGUCAUUCGUGUAGUGUUUACAGUGACCUUUUUAUUGCUCUGCGGACAUAAUGUACUUAGUUUUGCUGUGGAUUUGAUGCCAGGAAAAAGUUUGAAAGGAACAACUACGGCAAUAAAGCAGAGUGUCUGAACACUUGCAAAUGUUCAAA